UUUAUUAAGACUACUCUUCUUUUUUUUUUGUCUAAAUCAUAAAUUAUCAUAGGCAGACUUGGCUUCUGACUGUUCAUCUUUACCGUUUAUUCAGCAAAGCGUGGCAGGUUUGGAUAUGUGAGACGGUAGCAAUUAUGUCCAUAAGACAUUGUUUACCUUAUAUUGAUAUUUUAACCUGAUAAAAGAACCCAAUUCCAGAGAUUACCAUCGUAUGCAAGUAUUGAGCUCACUACGCGAUUGCCGAAGUAACUAACACUACCGCUUUCUAUCCUAUACUUGGAAUUUUGGUACUAUGAAUGACAUUAAAAAAUAAGAAUACAACAUUCAAAAAUGAUAUACUAUAUAAUUUCCGCAUUCAAAAAUAUUAUGGCCAAAACCGAACUGAUCUGUGUGUUUAGGUGAGACUAAAUACUGGUAGGCAGGUCCAUUUUGGACACGUUCCUAUGAAUUAGUUUUAUAUAUCACAAUACUCUUAAGGUAUAUUUGAAAAUUUCUCACAAUAACAAAUGUUGAUUCUCCGAAAUCAGCCCCAAUGGUACCAAUCUUUGUCCUUUUCCUUCAUUUUUAUAUUUACAUUCCCUUAUUGUCCUUUUUUCCUUUAUAAAUCCUGUCAUAACCCACACACCUGUAGAAGUUAUCAAAAGACAACCCAAACAGGGUUCGAGAGGGUAAAUGUCGAACGCAUUCUAUGCCUCAGGAAUGGUUCCGGGGUCGGUGGGGUGGGGUGGGGGCACUCCGUAUCUUCGCAAGGGCCUCGUAGGCCUUCUCGUGACCUUCACCAUGGUAGUGUUCAUCUGGCGAGGACUUUCCCGCUCCUACUUCAAUCGAAGACGUCAAACCAAAGACACACCCGACAAGGGGAUCCACGAGAAUUCCCAAGACGUAGAGGAAGAUAAUCUCUUCACCUUUGCUGGUCCACCGCGGCUGUUCGCGUCAAGGUCGGAAGACUUUCACGGGGAAAAUUCCCCGCCGCGGCCUUCCGCGGCGUUGGAAGGCCGCGAAGCGUGCACGGCAAGCGUCCCUUUGGAUGCGAAAGUGCGGACGAAUGAUAUCAUCGCACGCGAGAAGAAAUUAAACCUUGCGCGUGCUUUACUUCGCCGCGUCGAGGGUGUUGAAUACGAGGAAACUAGCGACGAUGAGACCCCAUCGGACGAGACGGAUGUUUCUCUAAACUACUACACCGCGACGGAGUUGGAGUUAAAAUCACGCGAUGAAUUGAUGGAAGCUUUUUCCUACUAUCAAAAUAUACAACAGAACUCUGUUGAAUCUGCUGUCGAGAAAGAUGGACAGGCGGCAUUCAACGAUAUGGGCAUCGUCCUCGCCAAGAUUGUAGAGUACCUGGAUAUUUCAAACGAACGUGAGAAGCUGCGCGUUCGGCGCGAAGCGAAGCGAUAUGACGAUAGAACGAAAGCGUUUGAAGGACUUCAUUCUUUCUCCGACGACAAGCUACCCCAGUUAUCCGAAGCGCUUCCAGACCCUGGGUUGCAUGCACGCGAUAGCUGGCUAAGCCCCGCUCCGGACGCCAUUCCUUCCGCUUUAAACCAACUUAAUAUGUUAGAUCGCAUGCUGGAAGAGCGAGACACCGACGAGGAGGCGUUUGAGGAAAAUUGGAGCAAUGGGGACAAAGAAGCGGAGGCUUUUAUGGAAUAUCUCCAGCAAGACGAUGCGGCUCUAAAAUUCUUUACGCGCGAAGAGGUACGCCGUAAUCGUCAAAACCGUCUUCGUCCAGCCUCCCAGAACUGCAUCGACGAUGAUGUGCAUGUGGUGGCCUCUGAUGGUCAAAACUUUAAUGAUGUCCUCGCUGCGAUAAGCGGGGAAAAGGUGUCAGAAACGGACGAUGACUUCAAUUAUGAUUUGUACGACGAGGAUAUCCCCGUCGAAGAGAAGGAGGAGCCAACGAAUUCAUGGAGCAAUAGUGAAAAGGCUGAAUUCGAGGCCAACCUAUCUCACUACUUACACAGCUUAUCAGAGGCCAUGGGAGUGACCGGGCUGCUAGUCGAGCGAGAGGCACUCCAAUUUGAUGCCGAGAAUGAGCGCCGACGUGAAGCUCGAAGGCAAUUGACUACAAAACAAGUUAAAAGAAAACCUUUAAAUAAUCAAAGGGGUAACGAUAACAGUGAGGAUGAGUGGGAGGACACUGAUGAUGACAACUGA